GCAACCACCAAAUCUCAGACAUAGUACAGUGAAAGUAGCUUUGUUAAUUCCUUGAUGAUCAUUUUCCAUAUUUUUUGACAGUUUAAGAGCGAAUGACAGCGACCUGACGUGACCUUGGAACUUUGUUGUGUUGUGAGUUCGUGAGUUGUCGGAUGAAAGAUGGAAACUUGACCACAGAUUUUUGUAAUUUGUUUAUAUGAGGAACGUCUAUCGUUUUUUUUUAAUUUUUUAACUAUAAUUCGUUGUGUCUGAGAAAAAACUCGUCAAAAAUGACUAUCAUAGUGUUUUUAAUAGAUACUUCUGCGUCAAUGUUACAAAGGACAUAUAUCGGGGGCCGAACAACACUACUGGAUGUUGCUAAAUCAGCUGUUGAAACCUUCGUUAAAAUUAGGCAAAGAAGUAUGGACAGUCGCAUAGACCGAUACAUGUUGUUAACUUUUGAGGAAUCUCCAAAUAACAUCAAAGCAGGCUGGAAAGAAAAUUUAGCUACAUUCAUGAACGAAUUGAAGAAUUUACAAGCUCACUCAUUAACUACAAUGGGGGUUGCAGUGAAACAAGCCUUUGACAUAUUGAAUAUCAAUAGGAUGACAUCAGGAAUUGAUACUUAUGGUCAAGGGAGAUGUCCAUUUUUCUUAGAAACUGCCGUUAUAGUUCUAAUCACUGAUGGUGGAAAGCUAACAACAGUAAAUGGCGUGCAAGAAGAAUUUAAUCUUCCCAUGAAUUCUCCUAUACCUGGGUCUGAAAUGACAAGGGAGCCUUUCAGAUGGGACCAGAGAUUAUUUGCAUUAGUCCUGCGGUUAUCAGGUACCCCUGCAGUUGAGAGAGAUACAGGACUUGUUCCCAGUGAUGGUAGCCCAAUAGAUGCAAUGUGUGAGGUAACUGGUGGAAGAUCAUACUGUAUAACAUCUCAUAGGAUGCUAAAUCAGUGCAUAGACAGCUUAGUGCAAAAGGUUCAAAAUGGGGUAGUAAUUAAUUUCGAAAAAAUCGGACCGGAUCCUCCACCACCACAAUUUGACAAAGAAGAUGGUAAAGAUGAAAUUGAGAAGAUAGAAGAUGAAAGAGGAAUGCCAACAGUGCCUCUAAAUACCUCGUGGCACAACUGUAGAAAAAUGAUAUAUGUACCUAAAGCUAGCAAAACGUAUUGCGUAGGUUAUUGGCCAAUUCCGGAAUCUUUCUGGCCGGAAAUUAACGUUGCCGUCCUGCCUCCCAGGUCUGCCCAUCCAAACAUCAAAUUUGCUUGCACAAACUCGGAACCAAUGGUUAUUGAAAAUUUGCCAUUUGAUAAAUACGAAUUGGAGCCUUCUCCUCUAACUCAGUACAUUUUAUCGAGAAAGCAACCCAAAACUUGUUGGCAGGUGUUUGUUGCAAAUAGUUAUAAAAAUUCCGAAGUAGGACAUCCGUUUGGGUACUUGAAAGCCAGUACAAAUUUAACGUGUGUUAAUCUUUUUGUGAUGCCGUAUAACUAUCCUGUGCUGUUACCACUACUGGAUGAAUUGUUCAAGAUACAUAGGUGGAAACCGACAAACGAAUGGAGGACUCAGUUCCAAAAUUACACAAGGACUUUACCUGCAUAUUAUGCUGCUCCCCUGAGAAGAGCUCUAACAAGAAUGGGUACGCCAGUUGCUCUUGCGCAAACGUUGAUACCGGAAAAUGCAGAAAAUGGUUUGAGUUUUUCUGUAUCAAAUUAUUUGAAAAGACUGAAAAACCAAGCUAAGAUGGAAUACGACAAAUUGUGCAAUGAGAUUAUGCAACGGCAAGCAAAUAAUGGUCUGAAAACGAACUUCAACAAUCCGGAACAAAUAAGAGUGGCUCCAAAAGUGUCGUUGAAGAAAGAUUUGAUAACUCACCCUUGUCUGACAGACAGGUUCAAUGCACAGAGGGAUCAAAUAGUUGAACAGACUAACAAUUGGACAUGCACUCUUGAUAAAGAACGACAGACUGUUAGUUUUAAAAACCCGUUUGAUAUACCACGGAGCAGGUUAAUUCACCAGGUAGUGAGAAUGAGGAAUAAUUUCCUUCAACCAGAUUGGAUAUCCUUUGAUCAAGACAGCGCCCAUUCAUUGCCAGUAUCUCAGAUGGGCAACUACCAGGAGUAUCUGAAGAAACAAACUCCUCAACUUAGGGAAAUUGAGUCUGCGCCAGUUAGACAGCACAUGUUCGGAAAUCCGUUCAAGAUAGACAAGAGAAUGAUGGUGGACGAAGCCGACAUUGACCUGGUGGGCUCUCCAACGGGAGCAGCAAGGAACAACAAACGACCAAAUCCAGCUGGCGAUCAAAUAUCCAGACUGCCAUCCAAAAAGAAACCAGGACCUUUACCUAAGAACUACAGGUUCACCAAACCCAGUCCGGAAUGUAUUUCACCAUACGUCAUACCGCCAUCACCAUUACCGUCUCCCGUUCCAUGGUCGACAAUAGUAGAGAAAACGGAGCUACCGAGGUUCGAGGAGCCACCAGCUUUGGUGAACGGCGUGGAAACAAGCCCUUCAUCCAGUCCUAUGUCUGAAAGAUCUCGAUCUCCCUCACCUACACCUAUCGAAAUGCCUAGCUACAGUAUUAGUGAGGUGUCAUAUGGCGCUCGACCGAUAGUUUGCAGCUACACCUCUUCAGGAAUGACAGACACGAUGACUACAAAUUCGCUGAACGAUUUCUAUUCGAGCAUGUCGCCGACGGACGACAAGUUGAUAUCGCAGAUAUUGAAAGAAGCCAACAUGAAUCACAACAGUAAUGCAGCACUGAUCAAUGCUGGAUUGGAUGUCAAGCCCAAUACGGUGGAGAAAGAAAAAGUGAUCGAGAAAUACGAAGAAGAAGAUGAGAAAGAAAUUGAAAUGCAGAACUUUGAAAUUAGGAAAAAGCUGAACAAGCUAGUGCGGAAACCGGGUAAAAAUUUCACGGAACUGUUUGAUAAUUUGAAAACAAUUAAAGGUGAUAUUGACGUGCAAGUGCAACUAGUGAAAAUGAUCAUAAAGGAAUCGUUGAGGUUCAAACGGCAGCAUCUUGCCACUUUACUCGAGGAACACAUACAGACGUUGAUGACUGUUGAGAAUAAGUAAUUUUAAGAUUUUUUAAAUUUGUCCAAUAAAUUGAAUCAAUUUAUAUUUAUUUAAAUUAUAUUUUAUGUUAUACAUUUGCACA